GCCCGCCCGCGCCCCAUGGAGAACUUCCAGAAGGUGGAGAAGAUCGGCGAGGGCACCUACGGGGUUGUGUACAAGGCCAGGAACAAAGUCACCGGCGAGGUGGUGGCGCUGAAGAAAAUCCGCCUGGAUACAGAGACGGAGGGCGUCCCCAGCACGGCCAUCCGGGAGAUCUCCCUGCUCAAGGAGCUGAAUCACUCCAACAUCGUCAAGCUGCUGGACGUGAUCCACACGGAGAACAAGCUCUACCUGGUCUUCGAGUUCCUGCACCAGGACCUGAAGAAGUUCAUGGACUCGUCCUCCAUCAGCGGCAUCCCUCUGCCCCUCAUCAAGAGUUACCUGUUCCAGCUGCUGCAGGGCCUGGCUUUCUGCCACUCCCACCGGGUGCUGCACCGCGACCUCAAGCCCCAGAACCUGCUCAUCAAUGCCGAGGGAGCCAUCAAGCUGGCGGACUUCGGGCUGGCGCGGGCGUUCGGCGUUCCAGUGCGAACCUACACCCAUGAGGUGGUGACUCUCUGGUACCGCGCCCCUGAAAUCCUGCUCGGCUGCAAGUACUACUCGACGGCCGUGGAUAUCUGGAGCCUGGGCUGCAUCUUUGCCGAGAUGAUCACCAGGCGAGCCCUGUUCCCCGGAGACUCGGAAAUCGACCAGCUCUUCCGCAUCUUCCGGACGCUGGGCACCCCGGACGAGGCCGUGUGGCCGGGGGUCACUUCCAUGCCUGAUUACAAGCCCAGCUUCCCCAAAUGGGCCAGACAGGACUUCAGCAAGGUGGUGCCUCCCCUGGACGAGGAAGGGAGGAAGCUCUUGGCUCAAAUGCUGCACUACGACCCCAACAAGCGGAUUUCGGCCAAGUCAGCGCUGAACCAUCCCUUCUUCCGGGACGUCACCAAGGCCGUCCCUCACCUGCGCUUGUGAAGUGGCUUCGGGGAGGGGGCCGGCCCAGCCAGGACUCUGCUGCCCCCACGCUGGCUCUGUCUGGCCUAUGCCUGUAUCUGGAUCCGUCUCCUGGGGCUGGGCCUGCCCUGGGGAUCCUGUGACUCAUCCUGCCCCUGCGGACUUGCACUUAGCCUCUCGGCCGUGGGGAUGCUGAAUGGAGGGGGUGGGACCCCCCCCAGCCCAACCCCCGUUGCCCUGGCUGGAGCUCCUAGUCUGCAGCUUUGACCCUCCCUGGAGGGCUUGGAUUCCAGCACCAGCAAUGGGACCUUGCUCGCUGCAGCUGGGAGCGUCCCCCCCAGCUGCCCUGGUUGAGCCCCUUCUUUCACCUCCCUCGGCAUGCCCCCUUCUGAGCCUCUUCAGCGGAGCCCCCCUCGAAUUCCUGCUCCAACACAGGGUGAACCCCCCCUCCAUGGGUGGAAGGCAGGGAGGGUCUGGCUGGGGAACCAUCCCCUCCUACCAACUAGAUACGCUCAGCUGGCCCCGGUGAACUCACACGCCCACCCACUGCCUGCUCCCUGUCCAGCCCCCUGGAGUCUGCUGCAGCCGGCGCGCCUGGCGACUCCUGUUCCUGCUGCAAAUUGGACCCUGCGGAUUGGCUGCCGGAAUCCCCAGCGGCUCUUUGGGUCGGGGGGGCCCACACGUCCCCAACCGCUCAGGAAACAUGCGUUGUAAGGGCUGAUCCUGCAGCGUGUUGGGCUUGCUCAGUUCCCCUCCUCCCCUGGCAGGAUCUGACCCUAAGCAGGAACUCUGCUCACUUAGCAUCCCCCCCUUCAUGUCCCAUGGGCAGAAGCGUUUUGACCGACGGGGCCCAAGACCCUCGCACUUCCUACGCUGGCAUCCUCCUCCCCACGGGAACAUCUCACCAGGUGUGACCUGAUGCAUGGAGCUUCUGCAGGGAAGCAGGUUCCUCAUCCGCUCUGGGGAGAAUCUGCACCCACAGGAGGGGGUUUGCUCUAAAGGCUUCACCCUGCGCCGGGUGGUGGACCAGGAACCCAGCAGCUGAAACUGAUUGUUGCAGCUGGCUCUUCUCCUGGCCUCCCCGCAAGACGCCCCCCGAUUCUCUGCUCCCGGAAGGGCUUUGAUAGCAAAGGUCUUUGUCCCCGAAAGGAGCCCCCAACCUGACGGUGCUGCAGUCUCCUCCGACAGAUUCUCCACCCGCCGUGUCAUUGGCCGCUUAUUCUGUGGCACUGCCUAUGGCCACGCUCGCUGCAAGGGGACAGAUCCUCGGUGGGCGUCGAUCAGUGUGGUUCCACUGAUUUGUCAGUGGUGCAAUGGCAGCUUAUGCCAGCUAUGGAUCUGACCCCAGAAUCUGACGUACACCUCACUAGAGCUGGUACCAGCCGGGCUGCUCCCCACAUGCUCUGGAGGGCUGGCUCCCGGAGGGUGGGACUCCUUGUCACUUUCCUUUGGCUCAGAUCUUUCCAUGCCAGAGGUGCUUCAGCCCGUGGAAAGGCUGGCUCCGGCACAUGGGGCCAGAUCCCCAGCUGGUGCGGACGGUGAAACGCCGCUGCCUUCAGCAGAGCGAUGCGUAUUUACGCGAGCUGAGGCUCUGGCCUGUGAAAUGGGCACAUGCACCCAACCUGAGAUUUUAAUUCGCCUCCUUUCCUGUGGGCUUCCCCAGCCACUCUGGUGUCUGCCUUUCCCUGGAAGGGCCGAUUUGGCCACCCAGCAACGAAUCUGAUUUUAAAUCCACAAAGAACGGCCCAAACCUAGGGGAGCAGGGGCAGCUCAAGGGGCUGGGGGGUGCUCCUGAGUCUGGGUUGGAGCAGUCUUCCACUUAGCUUGUCCUGCAGGGUGGGGAAGGGUGUUCGAAAGUAUCCCCCGUCACCCAGCCCUCGGUGGCAGCCAGGUCUUCAGCAGCUGCUUCCUUGAAGUGCAGUGCAGAUGGGGUGUUUGAAUGGACAGUAAGGCUCCGAUCGAGAUCCCUGAGGUAGCAGCUAUUACUCUGGUGGACAGGGGCCCCUAGCAACGGGAUCGGUUUCAGCUGAGCUGGUAAUGUUUCCCUACAAACAGCCCCAUUUGUAAAAGCCUGGAACGUCCCAUGGUGCUGUCACCCGCCCACCGCCAGACUCUUGGGGUCUGCUUAAAGAGGAGAUGGGGGGAGGGGGAAAUCCACAUCUAAACCAAAAGUGAUCAGUUGACAAUAGAUGAAUAGACUAUUUAAAAACAGACUUAGCCUAUUUUAUAGUAAAGCAUUUUAUAUUUAAGGGUUGUUUAUAUAAGUAUUUUCGAGGUACAAAUUAAUAUUCCAGGAGAGGAAUGAGCAUUAAGGGAAGCUGUGGAUUUAGCUCAUAAGCCACAUGGGCCUUUUCCAGGAGAGGGUUAAAAGUCAGAGUGGUUCUGUUCCUAUCGCAGCUAUUUGAGCUCUUGUAUCUUGAGUUUCUUUAGAGCAGAAAGGUUGUGGCUCAUUUCCUUCCACAGCCGGCUAGCUUUUUUUCUCAACUCAGUUGCCUAAAGAAAAAUGUAGGGUUAGGACAGCAACGUAAAGUGCCUGAUGGGAACCAGUUUGAGGAGGGAAGGGAAAUUGAGUCUCUGAGCCGAUGGCUACAGAAGGCAGAAGAGAAUUCCCCCAAAACAAUGCUCCUGCCGACUCAUGAUGAAAACAGAGGGAAGGAGAGAUGGAGAUGGGGGUUAAUAGCUAUAAUGACACAAUAUUUGGGAGCAUGAAUAUAUUUUUUUGGACUGGAACAAAUAGGGGAAUAUUUAUAAGGCUGUGUUAGUUUUAAAGCAGUUUUUGUAAGUGAAUAUUUUUAAAAAACAAACCCUCGAAUAUAUUUGUCGUCCUUGAUUUUUGUAAUUCUUUGUAGGCUGUUGUUUCCUAUCAAAUGUUAAUAAUAUUAUGGGAUUGGUUUAUAAAUCAUUAAAAAUAUUCUUAGUUUUAA